AAUAGCCGCCCUAUUGGCGUUUGCCACCACUUGUGCUCCGUGCGCCACUGAUGCCGGUCACGUAGUUUCCCUCUUCGCCGCCAGUUUUCCACCUGUCACCUUUUCGAAGUGUCAGUCGAUCAUUAAUCAUUGAUUAUCGCGGCCAAGUGUCGGUGCAGUGACGCCCCGCUCGUGGAAAUGCAGUGAGAAGGCCCCCCUGAGGCAGAGAAACGCGUCCGCAGUUGUCGGCGAGUGGUUCAGUGGUGGUGUUAAAUGCGAGACUCGACGCUUGUGAGCUGGGGGCUCCCGUGAACGGCAGCCGAGGUCUUCUGGCGACGGUGACACCGCGUUUUUCAGAUCCACACGUCGUUGCGUUAUCGCCUUUUGAGAUAUGAGUCGAAGCCAAGGCCGCAUCCAAGUCCCAGAUGAUCUUCGCGAGGUCCUUCUCGAAUUCACCAUAAGCUACCUGCUGGAGCAGCCCGGAGACGUCGUCAACUACGCAGCGGAUUAUUUCAGCCGUUUGAGGGAAACCCGGACCACUCAGAUCGUCUUCGACCAGGCCGGAACCACAGCAUCGUCGCCAGAUGAGUCCACGCUGUCGCGAGAGGAAGAACCGCCGGUGGGCCGAUUUUCGGGCCGUCGCAAGUCCGUCUUUGCCGAGGCUUACGAUCCCGAAGAGGACGAAGACGAUGGCGGAAAAGUCGUUUUUCCGAAAUCGGACGAACAGCGUCAAAGAUUGGCGGAAGCAGUUCGCAAUAUUUUACUGUUCCGUGCCCUCGACAAAGAGCAGAUGCAAGAAGUGUUGGACGCAAUGUUCGAAAGGGUCGUGAAAGAGGGCGAACUCGUUAUCAAGCAAGGCGAUGACGGCGAUAACUUUUAUGUUAUACAAAAUGGCAUAUUUCAUGCCCUCGUUGGCGAGCCCGGCGGCGAACAGAAGCACAUUCACACGUACGAGAACAGCGGCAGUUUUGGGGAAUUGGCCCUUUUAUAUAACAUGCCUCGUGCGGCAACGAUCAAAGCCCAAACAGAUGGCUCCCUUUGGGCGAUGGAUCGCCAAACGUUCCGACGCAUUUUGCUAAAGUCGGCGUUCAAAAAACGAAAGAUGUACGAAACGCUCAUUGAGAGCGUACCGAUGUUAAAGACUUUACAGCCGUACGAACGCAUGAAUCUUGCCGAUGCCCUUGUACCAAAAACCUAUCAAUCGGGCGAUAGAAUAAUCAAACAGGGCGAUGCCGCCGAUGGAAUGUAUUUCGUCGAAGACGGCACUGUCAUUAUCAGCGUCUUGGACGACAGCGGAAAAGAGGUCGAAAUCAAUCGCUUAGGGAAAGGAGGCUACUUUGGCGAGUUGGCCUUGGUCACACAUCGGCCGAGGGCGGCGUCGGCCUACGCCGAAGGCGACGUCAAACUGGCAUUCUUGGACGUGGAGGCGUUCGAGCGACUCUUGGGCCCGUGCAUGCAGCUGAUGAAGCGCAACAUCACCGACUACGAAGAACAAAUGCUCAAGAUCUUCGGCUCAAAGCAUAACAUUCGGGACAUCCGAUGAACGGAGCCGACGACUUGAGUCGCUCCCGCCCGCCGCCUUCUCUGAACGAUAGUCGAACAAACAAUCCCAUCCCAAUUUGUAUUAAUUUAAAAUUAUUACAUGUCGAGUAGUAAACAAUCAACGUGUGUCUACCGUCACUAAAAUUCAUCAUAUAAUCAUCGGAGUGCAACAGUUUACUAGUCAUGUGUAUAUAUAAUAAUGUUAUGAAACUCCUUUUUGUUCUUGUUUCGUUGUUGUUGUUGCUACUGCUGGACGGUGUGCGGCCCUUGCCCUUUUUUCGUCUAGGAAAUGUGCGUGUGUUUGGAUGCAAGUCGUUCGAGUCUUCUCAAGUGUCGUUUUCUCCCCCUACCAGCAAUAUCACACAUGUGGCGAACGGUGUGCCAAAAGUCGUACAAAAGACACGCAAUAACAGUAUUGUCAAUUAGAGUAGGUUCUGCCGAUUUUAGUAUUAUUUGGAACACGCCGAGGCUUUUGGCACAGUUCGUUCGGUUUUGCGUUACUAUUGGGUUUGAUGUUCGCUAUAUUUUGAGGCUAUUAGCGACUUAUACGUUGGCAGUAACCGGGCAGUUAUUGGCAACGUAUUUGUGACACGUUCCUUUAUUUUAAUGUGUUCGAGUUUGUUAUAGUUUUACGGACACCGUAAGAAGACUAGAGCUCCAUGUGAGUCUUUGUUAAUAAUUGUUAAUCGUACAAAAAGGUUAACACAUCUUCUUUAUACAAACAUAUACAUAUUUAUUACAAUGUUAUUUCGUGUGUUCUACGCCAGGUUUUGAGCAGUUGUAUAAGUUUCUUCGAACAAUCAGUUUGUCUGCCGUUUUUGAACUACGCCACGUAGUUCGAGAACAGCCAGACAAUUAAUAAUAAUUAAGGCUGAUAAAUUAUAAAUAUACACUAGAUGGGUCACGAUUGAACGAUAUUAGGCGAAAUGGAGUAUUUAUUUUUAUGUGACGAUAAAUGGAAUUGAGAGAGAGGUGGAACCGGUUAGUUACCUAGUUAUAGUAACUUUUUAAGCAAAGUUACUCAUAUCACAUAAGUUCAGGUGAAAGGUCCUUGUAACAAAACCCGUAAAUUUGUAAGUUAAUACAGAGUUUUUUAUGUUGUGGGUGGGGUUUGUUAGACUGUGUGCCUCCCGUGUUCACAAACAAUCAAAUCAAAUCAAAACACAUUCAUUAGGAAACGGUACAUUUUAGACUAGUUUAAACAAAGCUAAAACAAUGGUCUAUUAUGUGCCUUAAGGCACGCGAGCUUGUUCGAAGAAAAUUCGGAUUGUGAUUGGUCUAGCAAGUCCUACCGGCGGAAUAAUUUAGCACAAUUCUAAUAUUUAAAUGUGUAGAUAUAUAGCUAGGUGUAUUAUGUAGUGGCUUGUCAGUUCAUAUUCACUGUUUCGAGAGAAGGUAGAAAACAGGUCGGUUCAUCCUAUGUGUUAUUUGUCAAAGUUGAAUGUUGAUUGUUUAUCGUGGUAUGUGUUUCUGUCCCGACCAUCUUUUCAUCGGAUCGUCAAGAUCGGAUCACUUAUCGCAGUCCGACUUUGGCGAUCGCUACUGUAAGGUGUCUCUAAGCACGAAUAAUGCCUUUUUACUUAUCGUACCAAAAAUUAGAAUCUCAAUUAAGUUAUUUGUACACAAGAGAUUAAUUAUAAGUGUUCGCCAUGUCACAUGCCAUAUUCUAAACACUCUGAGCUGACUCGCUCGUCCUGUCUGAGAUUCCUUAGUCAUAUGUACUGCUUCCACCAUGAUGACUAAAUGAGCUUAUUAAAUUUACCCGAGUUUUAUUUCACUCCACACCUGAACAUGGAAAAAUUUAAGUGGGUAAUUUUUUGUGCCAUUUUUUGCUAGGCAAGAUAUUUUUUGUCCAAUUUUUUGGUGUCACGAGAAUUUUUUGCCCCAUUUUUUGUGACCUCAACAUUCCUUCAAAAAUUAAAAAUCAGAAAAUCAAAAUUUUUCGCUUUUAAAAUUAUGGUCAUUUAUUUUUUGUCCCAUUUUUUGCUGCUACUGGGUAUUUUUUGUCCCAUUUUUUGCUACCACAUGGGAUUUUUUGCCUCAUUUUUUGCUUCAACAAUAAUUUUUUGCCCCAUUUUUUGUUACUCAAUAUUUUCACAAAAAUUUUUCGCUUUUAAAUUUAUUUGUUAUUUAUUUUUUGUCCCAUUUUUUGCUACUGCAAAUAUUUUUUGUGGGGUUUUUUGCUACCACAAGCAAUUUUUUGCCCCAGUUUUUGCUACCCUUAGAUAUUUUUUGCUCCCACAAGCAAUUUUCAAAAUUUCCUAUACGUAUGUUUUAAGAGUUUUCCAACAAUUAAAUAACUAUUAAUUUUCAUAAAAAAUGUUUUGGGAAGGAAAAGGAAAAUCGGGCCAACUCAUUAACGAAACCUUCAUCAAUUCAAUCAUUUAUUACAAAAUUAAUUCAAUUGUCACUUACAAACACACGAAUACUUCUCAAGCAGUCUCCGGUUCCUUAUUAUACGUGUCCAUGAUCUUCUCCAUAAUCUCCCAAUGCUUGUCCUUUUGCAAAUCCUUGACAAACACCGAGUACCAAGUCUCAUCGUCCUUGUCCUCAAUCAGGGGCAACCUCACCCCGUAACACUGCAACGCUAAUGAAAUACAAGCGACUGCAACGUGCUGGGGCUGGUAAUCGAGGAUGCUCGGGUCGUGGUGGAAGUCCUGAAGGAACGCAGCCGAAGUCCUGGCAACCGGAACCUGACUCCAUUGCUCCUUCCCCAGCCAACUUUCCAUCGACCUGAGAUAGUGCAACAUGUACUUAUGCGGGUGCGUGAUGGACACUUCGAAUUUCAGCACUCGCAUAAUGAGCAGCUCCGCCUGGACGAUGGCGUCGCGCAUACUCCAGUACUCGUCGCCGAUCUCAAGGGGGCUGCUGCCGCGGUGGAGGGUGUUGUGGGCCACGUUGAUGAUGUCGCGGAUCUUCAGGGGGUCGUCCUUCACCUUGCCGGCGAGGUACAGCGACGAGGCGGCGAUCAG